AUGACGCCACCAGUGUUGACUGCAAAAUCUAUGAUUUUGAUCAUCGGAGCUGGGACAUGGGGUUGCUCCGCUGCCCUCCAUCUUGCCCGUAGAGGAUAUGAAAAUAUUCAGGUCCUCGAUCCAUUUGAUGUGCCAUCACCCAUUGCUGCGGGCAAUGAUGUCAAUAAGAUUAUGGAGCAUAAGGAGGUCAAAGACUCUCACAAGGAUCCUAAAAGCGUUGCUUUUGCUACCUGCACUCGAGCAGCACUAAAGGGCUGGAAAACAGACCCAGUCUUCUCCCCCUUCUUCCACGAGACAGGCGUCAUAGUCUCGGGGAGUACGCCCGAAAUAAUCCAGCACAUCAAAGAGGGAGAGAUUGACCCAGCGCAAGGCAAUUUCAUAGCCCUUGAUAAUGCAGAAGAUUUUCGCAAAACGAUGCCAUCCGGUGUCCUGACUGGCGAAUUCCCCGGAUGGAAAGGAUGGUUCAGUCCGAAAGAUGCGGGAUGGAUACACGCUCGCAAGGCCAUGGUUUCGGCAUAUACCGAGGCGAAAAGGCUCGGCGUCAGAUUCACGACAGGCACUCCUCACGGAAAAGUCGUAUCUCUAAUCCAUCAAAAUGGGGAUGUGAGCGGUGCCCAAACUGCAGAUGGUACUAUCCACCGUGCAGAUUACACUAUUUUAGCGGCCGGUGCCGGGUCUGAUCAGCUGCUUGACUUCAAGAAGCAGUUGCGGCCCACUGCUUGGACUUUAUGUCACAUUUCCAUGACUCCGGAAGAAGCUCAAAAAUAUCGCAACUUGCCAGUACUUUUCAAUGUCGCAAAGGGUUUCUUCAUGGAGCCUGAUGAGGACAAGCAUGAACUCAAGAUAUGCGAUGAGCAUCCUGGGUACUGCAAUUUUGUGAAAGACCCACAACAUGCAGGGGAAAAGAGGAGUGUACCGUUCGCCAAACACCAGAUUCCGCUAGAAGCGGAAGCUCGCGCGAGGAGUUUCUUGCGUGAGACAAUGCCCCAUCUCGCAGAGAGGCCUCUCUCCUUCGCUAGAAUCUGCUGGGAUACAGACACGGUUGAUCGGGCGUUCUUAAUCGAUCGACACCCCGAAUAUCCUUCUCUGUUGGUGGCGGUGGGAGGUUCUGGCAACGGAGCAAUGCAAAUGCCAUCCAUCGGUGGCUUUAUUGCUGAUGCUUUGGAAGGAAAAUUACAGGAGGAGUUGAAAACAGUGGUCCGCUGGCGACCGGAGACAGCCAUUGAGCGAGAUUGGAACUCUACACAGGGUCGGUUCGGUGGUCCCGACAGGGUUAUGGAUUUCCAGGAUGUCAAGAACAAUGAGUGGACUUGCAUUGGAUCCGGUGAAUACAAGCUUUGA